UUUUAGGAAGAUAUUUUUUGUGAAGAUAGCAGAAGUUGUGUGACAUGGCGAAACAUCAUCCAGACCUGAUUUUUUGUCGUAAGCAACCAGGUGUUGCCAUCGGUCGACUUUGCGAAAAAUGUGAUGGCCGCUGUGUUAUAUGUGACUCAUAUGUUCGGCCAUGUACGUUAGUGAGGAUUUGUGAUGAAUGCAAUUAUGGGUCAUAUCAGGGACGAUGCGUCAUUUGUGGAGGCUCGGGAGUAAGUGAUGCUUAUUACUGCAAAGAAUGUACGAUUAUGGAAAAAGAUCGAGAUGGUUGUCCAAAAAUCGUCAACUUAGGAAGUGCCAAAACGGAUCUUUUCUACGAGAGGAAAAAAUACGGUUUUAAAAAAAAUGGAUAGCAUCAGCUUAUCUUUGUCUUAUUUGCAUAACGGUUGCUGUAUACAACGCUUAUAUGCGUGUAUUAUUUUUUUGAUUUAAUUAAUCAUGUAACAUGUUGCUUAAAGCGAUUUAUUUAAAGUUACUGAUAUUCUCUUCAUCCAGUUUGGAUUUACUUCUGCAUGAAUCUGUUGUUCACGGUAUUUCAGUUCCUUUGAUUUAGUCUUCAUUGUUAAUUACUUUAUGCAUCUUUAUAAACUUGCAUUACAAGUAUGUCUCGACAUCACCUCUCAGCUCCAGUUGGCAAUCAUCAUUGUGUGCGUCGUUUAUUAAGGAAGAUGUGAAAACUUCUUUAUUUAGAGGCAAAAUUUUCAUAUAUUUACAUUAAAUAAAAGAAUUCAUAGGCAUUUAGGCAUUCUCUUGAUUGUUUUGUAUCAUAACAUUAAUUAUUAUUUGCAUUCUCAUGCCUAAGAAUAAAGCUCGAUUUUUCAUACUUGCUUUCGUGACAUAUAUUGACACUAUGCUUCGUUAUGCAGCGUCCAUUGUUUUAUUUGCU